AGGCAAAGUUUCGUUUUCAGUAUAACUUUCGUUUCCCCCCGCUUGCGGGCCUACGUCACGCCUCGCUGUCGUUGGACCUGAUCCGGGGAAAGAAAUGUCACGGCGCGCCAUGUCCCUGGUUGCUCCCUGGUCCUCGCGCGUGCUCUCCGUGGAGCUGGAUGGAGCGCACUUCUACUUCUCCACUCGAGAGCAGCACCGCGGGGAGGAAGCGCCGCGCGUGUUCAGAGAAGCGCGGAAGGAUGCGAGGCUUUACUCCCUCCUCGUCUGCGGCGGCGACAGAGUCAGACGCGCCGUGUGUCACGCGCAGCUGAAAGACACAUUGCUGCGAGAGUUGCCUCCAGCGUGUCACGUGUCUCCCAUGUCCUCGUUCGUGCCAAAUGUCAGGGAUUCCCUCUUAAAGGGCUACUUUUUAAAAGAUCACUCGGAGAGCGCAUCCCCGACCGAGCGCCUUUUGAGGGAUUUAUCUCAGCGCGAUCCGGUGUUUGUGUGCUCAUACCGGAAACUUCAGGAGGGUCAACUGUGGACUCAGCAUCUGUGGUCUGGUGCAGGCAGCCCGACGGCGGACAUGUCAGAGGAUUCCUAUGUGGUACCCUCAGAAGCGCCAGAGUGUCACCCAUCAACACUCAACAUCAUCAACUCUGAUGUGUUCUACAGUUUUGAGGAGGCCCGUGAAGUUCUCAACAAGUGUGGUGACAUCAUCCCAGAGGCGAUGUCUGUGCUGGAGCUGCUGCCCAGCGGAGCGGAGGCCAGAAGUAAACCAGACUUCCCUGUUAUUGUCAUAGAGGGUCUGGAUGCCACAGGUAAAACCACUCUGACUGAGUCUCUGAGGGAUGCUCUAGGGGCGUCUCUUUUACGGUCACCUCCCCAGUGUCUGUCCCCCAUGAGGGCCCGCUUUGAUCGGGAGCCUCCCCUCAUCCGCAGGGCCUUCUACGCUCUGGGGAACUACAUCACAGCAGAACAAAUAGGCCUGCAGGGCAUGGAGACACCUGUCAUUGUUGACAGAUUCUGGCACAGCACAGCAGCGUAUGCCAUUGCCACAGCAGUGAGUGGUCAGGUGUGCAACCUUCCAGCAGAGGGUUCAGAGGUUUAUCGUUGGCCCGGUGACCUGCUGCAGCCCAGCCUUGUGGUCUUACUCACCCUGGAGCCUGAGGAGAGGAAGAGGAGACUGAGCAACAGAGGUCAAGGAGAGACGGAAGAGGAGAAAGAGCUGGACCACAACCAGCUUUUCAGACUCAAAGUGGAGACGGCUUACCAGAGGAUCUGUGGCCCAGCAUUUGUCACUGUGGAUGCUAGUCCUUCUGCAGACCAAGUGCUGCAGCAAGUGUUGCUUUUAAUUAGGGCCAAAUGCCACUUGUAAACAGUUUUCCAUCUCCCCUGCUGUCGGCCAAGCAUCAAGUGGGCGCAGUACCUCCUUUCACCACUGGGUGCCAGUAAGGUGUUGUGGAUCCACCGGCAGGAGGAAUUGUGUCCAGAUUGGAGUGAGAAGAGAUUAUUUUCAGAAUGAGUAAAGGUUGAAUGGCCGGGGGCCAGAACUGCAUGCUACAAUCAGAAAUACAUAUUCAUGUAGACACACACAUGCAUGCACUGAUAUUCACACGCGCACACACACACAAAAUUAUCGUGAAGAAGUGUGCACUUUACAGUUACUGCUGUUGCGACCUCUCAGAAAUGAGACACAGUGCAGCCGCACUUAUUGACUAUUACUUGUAUUUGGACCGACACAGAGAAAAAAUGGAUGAUAACAUUUCUAUAAGCACCAGUGAGUUAGAUUUUAGUCAAGCACACAAACCAAUCUCAAAAUAUACAAUUGAGCGACAAGAAUGAAAACAUUGAAAGACACAUUCAGAUAAAAUACUUUAAAAAAAAUCACAUUUCAAAUUAAAAGAAAAUGAAACCAA